CAAAGCACUCUGACACAUUUCCGGUUUACCUAGGAGCGCACUAUUUUGGCUCUAUUACUGUUUGGAACCAAAUAAGACAAAGAGGCAAGGAGACCGAUGGUUUGCCUGUCAUUUGCGUGUCUACAAUAAACAAAAAUCGUACAUAACAUGUACGAUCUUUGCCACAAUGCGUACUUGGGCGGCUAAGUUUUUAUAGCUGGUAAAGAGCGGCGGCCAUGACAUCGUUCGUUCUAAGAAAAUAAUAUCAUAAUUCAAGUCUAUGGAUCUACAAAGAAGGUUAAUAGAAUUGAUAAGAUUUAAUACACUGUUAAAGCACGAAAGCCUCGACACAUAAUAUUUACGCUUGAAUUUUCAGACAAAGACCUUUAUCAAAGGACGUACGAUCUUUGCCUUUAUUCCAUACGGGCAGCACCCUCGUGUCUGCUGAACUAACAAGAAGUAGAAGGCAGACGGCUGAAGGUGAUGCUCUGAUGAGCUGAAGUAUGGGAGACCACAUGAUCAAACUACUAACCUGUCUUAGGGAGGAGGGAAAAGACCACAAGACGCCACUCCUCCCUACAGUGACCAUGCCACUGAUCAGACCACAUCAUGAUGGAGGACUGGGAGGAGGAGGAGGAAGAGGAGGAGGAGGAGGAGGGGGAGGAGUGGGGAUGCAACUGGCAGAGGGUGUGAGCAAUGACAGGACACAACUGUCGGAGCCCGAGAGUGUGGAAGAACCCCGAGAAGUCUACACAAAACCUUGCGGAGGGCAAGAAAAAGAACAGAGUAAUUCUGUUGUAAAAGAGAACAAAGAACACGGAACAGAUAUUGAAACCAUAAUCAUGUUGGAGGACUUUUGAUAAAAUUUCAAC